AUUUACAUGAUAUAGUGCACAAACCUUUCUCCAAAUAAUCAACCACCAUCUUCUCCGGUCCUUACAUGGAAGUACAGGUGCUACCACCGUCGCCACCCGUCGACUUCCACUUCGACAGCACCUCCACUUCUCCGUACGCCACCGCCCCAUCAAGCCCCCAGUCCUCCAUCCCAUUCACCUGGGAAGAAAAACCAGGAAUCCCAAAAAACGUCCAAGAUCACACAGAAGAGUACCAACAAACUGACACUGAAUUCGCAUUCGGCUAUCUCGAGCGCCACUCCAUCUCCGCAGCCGACGAGCUCUUCGACUGCGGCAAGAUAAAACCAUUAAAACCACCUCCUCGUCUACACGUCUCUAACGACUCACCAAAAUCUCCAAAAUCGCCGAAACAACGCUUCAAAGAAGCGUUAUCCCCACGUAGUAAUAAAAACAAGGAGUUUGAUCCGUUCUCUGAGGCUUUAAAACAAACAUGUUGGGAAAAUCAAGCCGAGGCAAAUCACCAGCAGCAUCGCGGGCGUGAACGGACGAUGAAAACCGCUAGACAUAAGGUUUCGCGGUCGCUAUCGCCGUUUAAGAUUGGUGAUGUUUUAAACAAUGGGAGAGAGUCGAAGGAGCAGUCUUUAACGUGGUAUAAUAAGUGGAACCUUAAGAACUUGUUGCUGUUUCGAAGUGCUUCGGAAGGAAGCGCGACGAGGAAGGGGAAUUUGCCGUAUAAAUCGGGGUUAAUGGGUUGCUUGAGGUUUAAUCAGAAUGCUGGGAGUGUUCAUGAGAUUUCUAGAGGGUUUGGUUCUGUUAUAAAACGAUGAGUUUGAUGAAGAUUGAUCAAUGGUGUUAAGGUUUUUGAUUAUUUGUUCAUCAUGAUAUACAUACGAAGUGAAAUGUGAAUGUUGUAAUUUGUAAUGUUGAUCUUGUUUAUGUGUUGUUUAAUCAUGGUAAUUGGGUUUGUAACUUUCUAUUUUUAUUUUAUUUUUUAGGAAUGUAUUUCAAUAGGUUUUGAAUUUUUUUAAGCAAACAUGAUGUUUUUGUACUUUAUGCA